UCCGCUCCAUCCAUCCAUUCAGCCCCCACAGUCAGCAAAACACACGUCAGAGCGCAGGUCCACGGCAAACGAAUCCUGCAGAGCUCUGUGUAUGUGUUGAUGUGUGUGUGUCAGGAGGAGAGAGAAAGAGAGACAGCGUGGACUAGCUGCUUCUGAACCACUGCAGGAGCUUUAAAUCUGGGACUGUCACAGAUACUGAAGGAGAGAGAGAAGACAUUCAAAGAAGGACAUUUAUCUAGCACCACAGUUAUGGAGACUCAUCUCUGCUGUCCACCAACGGAUCAAACUAGAAGCAAAGGACAGAAAAGUCAGCUAGCGUAUUGGCUUUAAUCUUCUGGUGGAAGAAGGAGAUUAUAUUCCCUGACAGUUUGCUCUCAGAAGGUGAACACACUCAUGGUGGAUGCCAAGGGAAGGAACAUGAAAUGUCUGACGUUCUUGUUGAUGCUUCCAGAGUCAGUUAAGAGCAAGUCCAGUAAAGGCUCCAAAAAGGGGAGUCCCAGCAGCUCGUCCAAGCUGCCCCCUGUGUGCUAUGAGAUCAUCACCUUGAAAACUAAGAAGAAGAAGAAGAUGGCAGCGGAGAUCUUCCCCACUAAGAAGCCGGCAUCGGCCACCACAGUGCAGCAGUACCAGCAGCAGAACUUGAACAACAACAACACCAUUCAAUGCUGCAACUGGCAGGGUCUGUACUCCACGAUCAGGGAGAGAAAUGCUGUGAUGUUCAAUAAUGAACUGAUGGCUGACAUUCACUUUAUUGUUGGUCAGUCCGGAGAAACUCAGAGGCUCCCGGGGCACAAGUAUGUCCUUGCUGUGGGUAGCUCGGUUUUCCAUGCCAUGUUUUAUGGAGAGUUGGCAGAGGACAAGGAUGAGAUCCGUAUCCCUGAUGUAGAACCUCCAGCCUUUCUGGCUAUGCUGAAGUACAUUUACUGUGAUGAAAUUGACUUGAGUGCCGACACAGUUCUGGCGACAUUAUACGCAGCCAAAAAGUACAUAGUCCCACACCUGGCUCGGGCUUGUGUCAACUUCUUGGAAACUAGUUUGAGUGCAAAGAAUGCGUGUAUUCUUCUAUCUCAGAGCUGUCUGUUUGAAGAGCCAGACCUAACGCAACGCUGCUGGGAAGUCAUUGAUGCUCAGGCUGAGCUGGCACUUAAAUCCGAGGGCUUUUGUGACAUUGACGCUCAGACCUUGGAGAGCAUUCUCAGCCGGGAGACUCUGAACGCUAAGGAGAUUGUAGUGUUUGAAGCAGCACUAAGCUGGGCGGAGGCCGAAUGUCAGCGGAGGGAGAUGAACACAACAAUCGACAACAAACGCAAGGUAUUGGGCCAAGCCGUCUACCUGAUCCGUAUACCAACCAUGGGUCUUGAUGAUUUCGCAAACGGUGCUGCGCAAUCAGGAGUGUUAACGCUAAACGAGACCAAUGACAUUUUCUUAUGGUACACGGCAGCUAAGAAACCCGAGCUGCAGUUUGCUUGCCAGCCUCGUAAGGGAUUGACGCCACAGAAGUGCCAUCGCUUCCAGUCAUGCGCCUACCGCAGCAACCAGUGGCGUUAUCGCGGACGUUGUGACAGCAUUCAGUUUGCUGUAGAUAAGCGAGUGUUUAUCGCGGGUUUCGGGCUUUACGGUUCAAGCUGUGGAUCUGCUGAGUACACCGCCAAGAUCGAGCUGAAACGGCAAGGAGUCGUUCUGGGAAUCAAUCUUAGCAAGUACUUUUCAGAUGGAUCCAGCAACACCUUCCCAGUUUGGUUUGAGUAUCCGGUUCAGAUUGAGCCUGACACUUUCUAUACGGCCAGUGUGGUUCUGGACGGAAAUGAACUGAGUUAUUUUGGACAAGAGGGUAUGACGGAAGUUCAGUGUGGGAAGGUGACCUUCCAGUUUCAGUGCUCUUCGGACAGUACCAACGGCACAGGAGUGCAAGGAGGCCAAAUUCCAGAGCUCAUUUUCUAUGCCUAAGUUUCUCUUGGGAAAACAAAAAACUGCCCACCUUACCAGUGUGAAAUAGCUUUACAUUACAUACAAUAUUUGUUUUUGUAUUACAUGGUAGAGUUCAACUUCUCCAAUGCUGCAAAGCUCGAGCAAUCCGAGACAUAACAAGCAUUACAAGGGCCUUGUUUUGAGCUCUUAGUAAUUUUCCGGCAGGUGUCAAAGCGUGAACAGUAUUUCCUCCUUGUCUUAAAAGUGAAUUAAAUAUUUUAUUUUGUGCUCUGCAUAAAGCUGCACCUGUUUACAAAGGAAAAUCUCAUUUCAAUGGGAUGUAAGUUGUUGUCUAAGCUCCUAGUUGGGUGCCACAGUCUGGCUGUUGCUCUUUAUCUGAAUUGAUUUAAAAUAGUUUUGAUUCAUUUAAUUUGAGAGGGGACAUUGCGCAUUGUACAGUAUAUAUUUAAAUGUGUAAACUAAAUUAUAAAUAUAAAUACAUAUAUAUAUAAAUAUUAUCAAUCCAUGGCUAUAUCUACUGUUUACAAUGACUAUACGCCAUGUUAGUGAGAGCUUGCACAUGUAUUUUGUAGCAAUAGUGAACAAAUUAUCCAAAACUCAUGAUAACAGACUAACUUCAGUAUUUCUCCACAUCAUGAUUCAAGGCAAUCAAGAUACCUAACACCAAAGUUACUGUCACCAUAACUCAUUUUUGAUUAAAUGUCAUUGUCAAGCACAGAUUGUUUAGAAUAAUCACAUCAUUUAGAUUUAGAAACAUUCAUCCACUUUUUGCAUCCGUCAUAAUGAGAAAUAUAAACUAUAUGUUUUUAGCAUAAACAUAUGUAGAGUUUGCACUGGAAUAAACCAUUUUCAUUCAGAAUCUUUGACCCUGCAGUAACCUUAGUCAAGACAGACGUCAUAUUUAAUGUUUUGUAAAUGAAAACAAUCCUGUGACGGACAAAUGUAUGGGUUAUACAGUAUUUAAAUAAAUGACAAAAAAAAAAAAAAAA